AUGAAAAUUUUUGAUUUUGUUGAACAAGAUUUGGGGCUGUGGAAUUGUUCAGCACGUAAUGAUUAUGGGAUUGUCUGGGAACAGAAAGAUGUUAGAUUACGUGGAAUUUUUGAUAAAAUUGGUUCUCGGUAAUCCAAUGCCAAUUAUUCGUUGAUAUUAUGGAAAGGAACAAGAGACACCAAUUCAUGGAGGAGCAAAAUUUUUUAACUAUCAAAAACACGUAGAAUUUGGAGGAAGGAGAAUAUAGGUGUAUUGCCGAGGUGGAACAAUUCUUUAAAAACGUAGCAUCAAUUCUAUUUA